UCUCUGGCUCUCUCUUUUCGGACCCGUCGCGCCGCCGGCGAGCGAGAGAUCCCGCCCGAGAUUCCGGGAUAGACCCCCGCCGCGAUGCCGACAAGGUGGCAGGUCUGGGGCCGGCCCGACGGCAGCCAUGUCUGGAUCCCCGCCCCGGACCCCGACGCGCCACCGCGGCCCGCCGCGGCCCCGCCUCUUACUGCGCCGGGGCGCGCCCCGGGGAUAGCCGCCGCUCCAUUCGAGGACGCGCCGGCCAAAGGCUUCUGACGGCUGCCGCGUCGAGUCCAUGGCCGACCUCCUCGUCCAGGUGCGGAACAAGCUGCUCGAAGGUGAUGGGAUGGCCGGAGCAACCGGCGACGCAUGAAAAGGUGAGCUGUUCUGCACUGGGUCGCAGGGGCGGACCUACGUUAGUCUUCCCGUUGUCCCUGGGUAAAUUUGGUGCUUACGCUAUAUGAGGCCCAUAUUUCUGGGCUGGACACCGGUAACUUUUUGAGCUGGACACUGGGCAGAGCGAUGGAUUAAGUAGGAGAGGCAGUGCAGCUCAGCUAGGCACCUAGCGAUCAAUGUCCGUCCGGCUAGAGAGACACGUGAUUUACUGCUCCCUCCGUCACGGUUUAGAAGGCACGCUUGAAAAUCUCUGGGACCAAGGUAGUCAUCGAUUGGUUGUGAGAUGUAGCAGGUGUAAAUGCUAAUGCGCCUAAUGAACUGAGAAAAUACUAGUACUAAUGCCUGAGCAGUAAAUUGGGUGGGCGCAUAUGACUAGUACUAGUACUAAUUAAUAAGAGUAAUUGCUUUCGCGCCUUAAACCUUGUCUAUUUUGGAAACGCACGCAAGUUUAACUGUGCAUUCUAAACCGUAACGGAGGGAGUAGCUAAUUUGCGCACACCCGCCGAGGCCUCGCUAGCUAAUUACUGUCGAUGGAUUAAUCGAUCUAUGUUUACUCAUAUCCUGUACCGCUACUUGAUGUUUGCCUUCUAUUUCCUCCGUUUAAUAAUAUAAAAACGCUUUUUCACUAUUAUAAAGUCAAAAACAUUUUAUAUUAUGAAAUGGAGGGAGUAACAUUCUACGUCUUAUCUCAUUUGGUCAUGCCGUCGCCCGCCACCCUCCGUCGCUCGGCCAGUCGUCAGUCCUCUUACUCACUGCUUUUCAUUGAAACGUUCAAGCAUCAUCAUCUAACCAUCUGUCUCUAUUCAGCCUCUCCCGCUCGUAGAUUUUUAAAAUUUAAAUUUGUGAAAUAAACAAAGGUACGACGCUCUGCACUUGAUACUAACCAUCGAUCCCUAAGACUCCCUCAACUAUGAGUAGGCAUCUCAAUUUUUUCUAAUUUAUGUUCUUCUAAUUGUAUGGUUAGGAUUUAAAAAUUGAAAGAUAAUACAAUUGGGGAUAAACUGCUCUGAUUUUCUGAUUCCACUUAGCGAUUCACAUCUAACUAGAUUAUUUCUUGACUAUGUGCGUAGGCAAUGACUAUUUUUCUUUUCUUUUGUAGGCCAUCAUGAUCUAUGGUCGUAUGUCAGCCGUCUCAUGUUUACUUUCACUGUUUUGAGUUUGUAUGCUUUAGAAAUAGUAUUUCAAGUGAAAGUGAAACAUUUUAUUUUGGUAUAAGGAAUCUCAUUACUAUCAUUGAGUGGGAUGUCAUAUAUAUGAUGUAUAUGUGGACACCGGGACAUUUUUAUUCUGGGUCCGCCCCUGCUGGGUCGGGAAGACCAGUGUCUCUCAGCGAGAGGGCUAUAAGGAGGGCGAGGGCGUUGGUCGGGGAGGAGGUGGAGAAGGCUGGCAUUAAGAGAAAGCAACCAUUUGGCGAUGUACCUGAUGUGGAGGGCGGAUUGAGAGAAAUGGACGCCCCAUUUAGAGGUACGACACUGAAUUAUUUCCUGGACAACCGCAUCAACCGGGCAGAUAUUCUUUUCACCGGAGUGGGUUGCUUCCUUGUUCCAGUCAUCCUUGGGACUGCUGUACACGCUUCCAAUGCAGCUGAUAAUGAAGAGAGACUAAGCGAAUCCUCAAAUGGCUACAACCUUGGGCGUCGAGCCGCCGUCACAAAGAUCAGAUGUAUCUGGUGAAGGACAUCGGCGGAGCCAUCAGGCUGAUGGCGGCGGCCUUGGUGCUCCUCGGCACCUGGCCGGUCGUCCUCGCCGUGCUGGAGCGCCGGGGACGCCUGCUGCAGCACACGUACCUCGACUACUCCAUCACCAACUUCCUGGCCGCCGUGCUGAUCGCCCUCACAUUCGGCCAGAUCGGCGGCGACACGCCGGAGACGCCCAAUUUCCUCACUCAGCUCACCCAGCCGCAGGACUACUGGCCGUCCAUCAUGUUUGCGCUGGCGGGCGGCAUGGUGAUCACCCUCGGCACCGUAGCCACGCAGUACGGCUGGGCAUACGUCGGGCUUUUGGUCACCGAGGUCAUGGCCUCGAGUCUCAAGGUUGUCAUAGGGACGACACUGAACUAUUUUCUGGACGGCCGGAUCAACAGGGCGGAGGUACAAGGAUUUGAUGGCUGCUGGUAUUAUUGAUCCAACCAAGGUGGUGAGGUGUUGCUUGGAGCAUGCUGCAUCGGUGGCAAAAACUUUCAUCACCUCUGACGUUGUUGUCGUCGACAUAAGGGUGUCUAAGUGCACUCCUGUUGUGAACCCGAUGUGCGGUUCAGGUUAUGGAUUCUGAUUAACGAGAAGAGCUAUGCUUUCAUGUUCCCUCGGCAGCAUGCUAUAUCAAAGGCAGAA